AUGCGGCGACGAAUCAAGCGUCUGGUACAGAAAGCCUUAAUCAUCGCGGAAGCCAAUUCCUCGUCAAAUGUAAAGAAAAGGUCCAAGUCACUCGGCACAAGCUCGAUACCAACGAAUACACUGGGAGCAAAUAGAGAAAACAGCCAAGGAGUACAGACCGAUAGGCCGAGCCGGCAAGAGACACAUAAUGGCAUACCAGAAGAGGAAGUCCCGGAAGAGGGAGUUCACGAGGUGCACCAGCCUGCCACAGAAGUCCAACAUGAAACACCGAACGAACGGCCAGGAACUGUCAACCAUGAAAUGCAUCAACCCCUCACAGCCAGCGAGGGAGAUGUGACCCCCUUGGCCGACGGGGACCGAACACCGAUCGAACCGCAUGGAUGGACCGUUCGAGGAGUACAUGAGCCCGUCACUGCCAGCCAUGAAGAUGUGACCCAGUCGAACUAUGUUGACAGCCAAACACCGGUCGAUCCUCCAAAAUUAGUCAACGGAUCAGCCAGCGAUAUGGUGCACCAGCCUGCCACAGCGGCCCAUGAAGAUGUGACCCGGCUGACCAAUGGCGACGACCAAACACCGCUCGAGCUUCGAGAGUCAGCCAGCGGGUCAGCCAGCGAUGUGAUACACCAGCCUGCCACAGCGGGACAUGACGACGUAACCCCGUCGACCUAUGGUGACGACCAGACACCGGCCGGGCUACGAGGAUUCGCCAACGGAUCAGCCAGCGAUGUGAUGCACCAGCAUGCCACAUCAGGCCAUGACGACGAGGGCUUCUUCACCCCUCGCGACGACAAGAUUCCGGUGACAGAAGUGGAACGAUCCAACGAUGUCAACGGCAUACAAACCAACGGAGUGAGCAGUGAAGAUCUAGGAGCGGACUACAACUUAGUAAAGGCCCUAGAUGGCAUAUUGGAUCUCAACGACACGACAAAGGUGCACCAAGACAUCACCCAUGCCCCAGCCGUCACCCACGAGACCGUCCGCCCGCAGGUCCACGAGAUCGUGGAAGAGCAGAUCCACCGCGAGAUACACAAUCACGACGUAUACCACCAGAUACUACCGGUGUAUGACCUGGAGGUGCUGCCAGCUCGCCACUUCGUACGCGAUGCCGACGGCGGUUUGGUCGAAAUGUCGGAAAGCGACUUCCCUGAAUACACAGGGGCGAAUCAGAGAUGGUACAUAGGGGAGAGGCUGUCGAAUGAAACACCGCGGACCGGGCAAGAGCAGUCAGCACUUGCAGCCGCAAAGGCGGCGGGGAUGAAGAAGUACACUACCCCAGAAGGGUUCGAGCGCACGGAUCAGACUAUUGUCCAUCCGCCCACACUUGCAGAGAUCCCGACGGACGGUCUGUUGAUGCCUAUACAGUUUCUUCACUAUGAAACCGAGACGCAGGCGGAGGCUGCGGCGUCUACAUCGGAAAGAUGA